GUACUUCCACUAUACCACGGACCUCAAGUCACUAUCCGUAUCGGGUCCGGUGGUCCGACUUACUCAUUGUCUAAGGACCUUCUGUGCAAGAAAUCCACAUACUUUUCGAAGAUGUUUGAGGGACAGUUCAAGGAAGGAAAGAGUAUGUCGGCAGUCUUAGGAGACGAUAUCGUCUCCGAAGAGAGCUUUGAGCUGUUUAUCGAGUGGCUGUACACCGGACAAUUCAAACUGCUGCAACAAACCCGCAGUGACCAGAUUUCCUGCCUCAUCGAAGUUGCCCGCUUCGCCGAUAUGAGUGAUAUCACCGACCUGACAUACGCCAUGGUUAUGAGCAUCAAGCAAGUACUUAUGGAGGACCCAGACUGGAAGCAAAGCCGCGACUCAUGGUCUGCUUCUCCAAAGUCUGCGUUGAUGUUAAAGCAUGUCAAAACAGAACAUCUCAAAUCAGUGGAUAAACUCCCUACAGGAAACCCAGUGCGUCGGGUUCUCGUCCUCGCAUCCGUGGAACCAUAUUUGAUCGCCGACGACUUCAAGUUCCUUAAGGACAUUGUGCUCUGUCCGAGGUUCACAUACGAUCUUCUUGUAGAAACACGAAGAAUCUUGCAAGAAGCAGGUAUUCGACACAAGUGUCCGCUCUCGCAGGAUCCCCUAGCACAUACAAAACUGUCGCCAAGUCAUUAG